UCAUUGAGAUUGAAUUGUAGAAAUCAUACAGAGCAACUUGCUCAAGAACCAAAUGAUUAAUUAUUCAUCAUAAAUAAAGACGCAAGUGAACCCACGUUGGUUUUUUGUAUUUUGAAACGGUGUGCUAAUAAAUGGUCUCCUUAUGGUAAAGUUACCCGAAAAAGUCUUUGAUGCAUUUCAAGGCUUGUACAUAUAAAUCGAUUUUCUGGGAUAUUUUGACACAACGAUACGGACCUCACUUUUUGUCAAAAUACUUAAAAAGCUCUGCUGUAGCUUGAUAGUGAACUUUGCGUGCAUACAUAUAUAAUGUUCAAACGAAUUGUGAUAUCUUCAUCCGAGUUACUAUUUUUAGGAUCAUUACUUGUCCUCUGCAUUUUGCCAUGUUCUGAAUCAGUACAAUGCCGAUCCUACGGGAAACAAUUGGGAGAAUGUGUUCCUAUUACGAAUUGUCCUAGACUUCUCGCCAUCUUAUUGUCUAGUGAAAGGACUGUGCAAGAUUUGCGCAUGUUGCAGAAGUUGACAUGUAUCACGGAAAUCUCAGAUCUAGAAAGAGACCCUGUGGUUUGCUGCCCCAUUAAAGAAAUAGCCGACUCAUUAAAAGACCACCAUGAUGACCGAAAUGAGUCUCUAGCAACAGAAAUUCCAGUGUCGAUCUCAACGACUACGACUACGACGACCACUCCUCCACCAACACCGCACGCUUCUGGUCAGGCAUCCAUCCCCCAAAAAUUGAUUGAUGAGAAAUUCCAUCUCAUCCCAGCCUUGAUGGAUUGUAGUAAUGCUAUUACUUCCGAUCGUAUAAUUGGCGGAGAGGUCGUUCCCCACGGGUCUCUGCCCUGGAUGGCCAGACUAGGAUAUCGACAUAAAGGAACAGGGAAAUUGGAGUAUUAUUGCGGUGGAUCUGUCAUCAAUAAAAGAUAUAUACUGACUGCUGGACACUGCACCCAAGGAUUUGAUGAUAAUUUUGUACUGGCUGAAGUCAGACUUGGCGAACACGAUACGACAACUGACGUAGAUUGCAAUCAAGAUCUCGGAAACAUUUGCUCUCUUGUAGAAGAUUUUAAAAUAGAACGCAUCAUUACGCAUCCGCAACAUAAUACUGUCACCAAGCAGAAUGACAUUGCCCUUCUUCGCCUGAAUCAGGACAUUUCAUUCGGUUCCUAUUUCGUCCAACCAAUCUGCCUACCUUUUACAGCACAGUACAACCUUACGGCUUUAACGCCCACAGAGUUCAACUCACUCACGACCACGGUAGCUGGCUGGGGUCGGGUUUGGUCAGACAAAACCCAGGGAAGCUCUCAACUUUUGCAAGUUGCAAUUCCGAUUGUGCCUAUGCAACAGUGUCAACAGUUAUACAGAAGAAGAGUAACCAUUACGCCAAAGCAGAUUUGUGCCGGUGGGGUACUAGGGAAGGAUAGUUGUUCAGGCGACUCGGGUGGAGCUCUAAUGGGAACAAUGACAAUUCCAAAUAAAUUUUCAAAAACCUUCCAGUUUGGAAUUGUUUCAUUCGGACAAAUUCAAUGCGGCGGCCCUCUGCCUGGGGUGUACACGAAAACAGAGGAGUAUCUUCCCUGGAUACUAUCUAAUAUUGAGGCGUAAAAAUUUGGGCGACACUGCAAUUUUACAGUUUAACUUUGAAAUACUUAUUUUAUCAGUACGUAUAAUUUUGUUUUAUCUGCAAUAAAGCUCUAUUUAUUUUACCUACAUGUA